GGGGUGUGGCUGGCAGCUGAGACAAAUAAACAUGGAGGUUAUCUUUCACGAGAAACAAGAGGGCUCCCUUUGCGCCCAGCACUGCCUCAAUAACCUCCUGCAGGGGGAGUACUUCAGCCCUGUGGAGCUCUCGUCCAUCGCCAUGCAGCUGGAUGAGCAGGAGCGGAUGAGAAUGGCGGAGGGCGGUAUGACCAGCGCUGAGUACAGAACCUUCAUGCAGCAGCCGUCCGGAAACAUGGACGACAGCGGAUUCUUCUCCAUCCAGGUUAUAAGUGAUGCACUAAGAGUCUGGGGACUAGAACUGAUUCUCUUCAACAGUCCCGAGUAUCAGACCCUCGGCAUAGAUCCAAUAAAUGAACGAGCCUUUAUCUCUAAUUAUAAGGAGCACUGGUUUACUGUACGGAAAUUGGGUAAACAGUGGUUCAACUUGAAUUCCCUGCUGACAGGCCCGGAGCUUAUAUCCGACACCUACCUUGCACUCUUCUUAGCUCAGCUACAACAGGAAGGAUACUCCAUAUUUGUAGUAAAAGGAGAUCUACCUGACUGUGAAGCCGACCAGAUCCUCCAGAUGAUCCGGGUGCAGCAGAUUCAGCGGCCGAGGCUCAUAGGAGAGGAUGCAGCACUGACCGACCAAAGUCCACAGAGGAGUGUUCCGGGCGUGGAGGGGUCUCAGUUGUACGACUGGUCCCCCAUGAUGGAUGAGGAUGAAGAGAACCUGCAGAAGGCACUUGCACUCAGUAGGCAAGAGAUAGACAUGGAGGACGAGGAGGCAGAUCUCCGCAGGGCGAUACGACUCAGUAUGCAAGGAGGACCUCGCAGUGAAUACACAGAGACCUCACCCCACAGCGUGCCACAGACAUCAGGGACCUGUAAGGAAGAAUCCCUCUCACAGGAGGAACUGCGCCAAAGACGACAGAUGUAUUUUGAAAAACAACAGCAGAUAAAACAUGAACCGUGCUCCGAUGGGAACUGUGCAACAACAGACUCCGGACAUGCAGAAGCAGAUUCUGGAAUGAGUGAAGAGGACAUGCUCAGGGCAGCCAUGAAAAUGUCUCUAGAUACUGGUGGGACCAAGUCUGAGGAGCAGGGCAAAUGACCACUGGGCUCCGGCCUGCCCUUUGUAAACUGUCCUGUGGGACCUGCCGCGCUUGUCACGCAGAUAACAAGAAUGUACAUAUUGAAUAUAUAGUGUGGACGGGCGUCAGCCUUAGGUAUAUUUGAUGCUUUUAUGAAUGUCUUUUUAAACGUGUCCGUGUGUCAAUUAUUCUUCACCACCUGAGCAGCGUCACAUCCUGCGGCCUCUGAUCUUCUUCUCCUCCCGAAAGACUCCACCUCGCAUGGCGUGACCAAAGCACAAGCCCCUCAAUGCUGGCCAUAGAGGUGAAGACUUGCCCCUCAUCUGACAAGCGGGACUUCCAAAAACCAGGAUGGAGUGCAAGUCUCUAAAGUAUGCCCUGUGCCAAGUCUGCCUCCCUGCACUACCACCAGGGGAGCCGUGGGGCAGUAGAGCAUAGGCUGAGCCCUUCCCCUUGCUCAGUGCACGGAGUAAAUAAGAAAGUUGCAAAUGCUUUUAUUAAAAAGGAUUUCUUGGAUUUUAUUUUUAUUUUAACCCUUGUACAAGUACUUACCUUAAAUAUUUUGCUCCCCCCCCUUCCACUCGUCUUAAUCCAUCCACCUGUGCUAGCCCAUAGCAAUGACAGUGACCUGUCGGAAGGAAGUCAUGGUGCAGGCGACACUGACGGAAGGAUGAGAGAUAAAUGGCUGCUUUCUCCUAGUAACAGCGCCACGCCUGGCCACAGAUUGUGUGUGGUAUUGCAGCCUGGCCGCCUUCGAUUAAACAGCCUGCUGUACUUGGCUAUCUCCAGAACUCGCAUUGAAAUGAAUGGAGCGUCCACGUGCAUGUGUGACAGGCCGCUCCUUUCAUUUCAGGGGUACGGGGGGCCUGUUCUUGUGAUCAGUCGGGGUCCCAGCGGUAGGACCCCUUCCCUCGCCAUCUAAUAGUUAUUCCUCAUCCUGUGGAUAGGGGAGAACUUCAAACAACAGGAAUACCCCUUUAGGGCUCAUGUACACGAAUGUAUAUUUUGUCCGUCUCCGUUCCGUUUUUCUGCGUAUGCAGAACCAUUCACUUCACUAUCCGUAUGUCCGCAAGUUCGUUCAUAGAACAUGCCAAGGCAGGCAUUUUUACAAUGGAUCUGCAGAAAAAAAAAACAAAGAAAACGAACACAGACGUCAAAUGGAUGUUAUCCGUUUUUUUUUUUUUGUUUUUUUUUUUUAAAGAUAUAGAUUACCUAUUCUCAGGAUAGGUUCUGAAUAUCUGAUUGACGGGGGUCUGACGAGGCAUGUGACGUCACAUUCAUUGGUCAUGUGGCCUAGACGUAACCCAGUCCCAUUCAAGUGAAUGGGGCUGAGCUGCAAUAUCAAGCACAGCCACUAUAUAAUGGAUGGCGCUGUGCUUGGUGAACUCCCUGCGGGGCCGUGGCCUCCUCAAACAGGUGAUCAUUGGGGGGGUAAUGGGUUUUAGAGCCCCGCCCAUCUGAUAUUGAUGACCUCAUCAGCAUCAGACUCUUGGGAAAACCCUUUUAAGCUGCAAUACCAGACAUAACCCAGGAGCGGGGCGGUGCUGUUUCUGGAUGAAUGUGCCCCUAUCUACUUUACCAAUUAUUGCACCAUGUUGUUAAUUUUAUUUGAUCGUAAUGGGGACAAAGGUAUCGCUCCGACUGCUCCUCGGUCACGUUUACCUCAUUUACUUUCCAUGUAUGGCCGCACACUAUCUUAUUAACGAGCCAUCUCCGGCAAGAGCAGGCGCUCAAAUAAGGGGGUCCCCUCCCUGGUUAUGGUGCUGUAACCCCAUCUACACUCCGCUUGCAGGUUUUUGUUUUUUUGUGUUGUUUUAAAGAGCACUCUACACUAAAUAAAGAUCUAAUUUUAUCUUUUCA